ACGACUGAGCUCAGCGGGCGAAUGGAAUCUUGAAGGACAGGGACCAAAGCGGGCAGCCCCUUGCAACUACGACCCGCGCCGAGACAUCAGGCGUCUCCUGGCAACCAGACUCCCGCGCGCCCACUUAGGUGUUGUGCAAGAGCCCCGCCCCUCUCACGCGGCGCUCCCGGCAACCAAUGGAAACCGUCCGCGGGGCGCCUUCUCUCAAGCUAUACGCGGAGAAGCCAAUAGCACACCGCAGAGAGUCCCGCUUCCUGCAGGCGCGCCUCUCCUGCUUCUCCACCAGCCAAUGAGAGCAGUCGGCAUGCCCUUGAAGGGGGCGGAGCUACCGCUGCGGCCCGGGAUCCCUCCGCCGCUGCACGGCUCGGGCCUUCUUCCCAGGUCUGCGGGUCCGGACCCAGAGAACCUCGCCCCCCGGCCCGUCCACAGUAAGGGGACUAUGAUCGUCAAGCGCAGCAUUGACUUUCUGCUGGGCUUCUACUUUCUCUCCCACAUCCCCAUCACCUUGUUUUUGGACCUGCAGGUGGUGCUGCCGCGACAAUUAUACUCGGUCAAGCUCAGAAACCUGCUGGCUUGGUAUGCUGAAGAGUUCAAAGACCCUCUGAUACAGAGCACCCCAGUGUGGUUCCAGUCCUUCGUGUUUUGUGAGCUUUUGUUUCAGCUGCCCUUCUUUCCCGCUGCAACAUAUGCCUUCUUCAAAGGAAAUUGCAAGUGGAUCCGUAUGCCUGCAAUCAUCUACUCAGUUCAUACCCUAACAACAUUAAUUCCAAUUCUCUCCACAUUUCUAUUUGGGGAUUUCUCCAAAGCCAGUGGUUUCAAAGGAGUAGGUCCUGAGAGUUUCCAUGAACGAAUAACCCUCAUGGCCAUCUAUGCCCCCUACUUUAUCGUUCCCUUCAUACUUCUGUUGUUCAUGUUGAAGAACCCCUACCGCGAGGAGAAAAGAAAGAAAAAAUGAGGGAAACAAUCACUGACCCAGGAAGAGACACUCACAGGGCAGUUGCCCCUUUUGACCCAAUACAAGAAAAACUACUCUGAACCCAUGUCUUCAGUAGCAUUUGAAACAUGAACAGCAGUACUUAAGAGCAAGAUGGUGGCAGGAGCCACAUCAAACCUUUAUCUUCCAAGAGAUGAACAGAUUCAUCAGCUGGGGUGGGAGGCAAAGCGGGGUGGGGGGCAAAGGAGAAUGGGCUAUCGUUGAAAAGUCGUGCCAAAUACCUUAUCAUGUGCCCAAGUUCCAUUGCAGGACCAGACCAGAAACUGAGUAAGCUCCCUCAAGACAUGGCCUCCUUGACUCAUUCAUGAGGCAACUGACCCACAGCAUAUACACAUGACUGAACCUUUGACUCAUGAUUCACUGUAGCCUAUCAAUCACCAAUCCAAAAAUAGUGGAGUGGUUUCAGACCAUUCAAAUUAGAAAUUGUGCCUCUUUAAUAUUCAUUAAAAACCAUGUUUUCUUGGCCCUACCUCUACCCCUGGGAGAAAAAAGGGAAAAUAUUAUGUAGAAGAGGUUUAAAUUGAGUUUCCCUAAGGUUCAGCCUCGGCGUGACUUGUCAAUCAAACAGGUUAGACUGGAAAGUGUUUGUUUCUUAAACAGGUCAUCCCAAGAGAUUUUAAGUCACUUUGUUCAUCUUAUUUCCAAAUCUUAGACAUGUAUAUUUUUAAAGACCACCUGGGACAGUUCCCUUCAUUCUAAAGUCUGGCAUCUAAGGACUGUUCUGGAGGUGUGCUCCCUAAUGAACAGCUUCAUCCUUCCUGAUACAGUCUGGUCAUUCCCACCCUGUUUAGGGCUGGGGAUAGUUGGGUGUGACAAAACCAACGUGUGCAUGUCAGAUCUCUUCACAUUAAUGCUCAGCAUUCCAUCAGGGUUCUCUAAAUCUACUUGAGGCCAACACUAAAGAGGGAAAACGAAAAACAAGUCCUGAUCAACUCUGUUUUUGUCUUUUUUGUUCACAAGUCAUACUGGUCUGACUGUUGGUACCAACUCAGGUGAAACUGGUCCAAAUAAAGGCAGCUGAUGACUACUGCCUGAUGAGUUUUGUGGACUGGGAAUUGAGCAUCCAGGAUUCUCUCACAAGGGGUGAAGCACUCUGCAAACCACAAGGGGGAAAAAGGCAACUAAGCCAUUUGAAAACAAUAGUUUAUUGCUUUUUCUUUCCAAAGCUUUCUAAGUUUACAAAAAAGAGGAUCAAAGUUUACAGACUGCUUCAUUCCUACUAAGAAUGUAAGAGGUGAGAACCUGCCCAGCAUGGCCACUGGCAGUAGCUGUUCACUCACUCAUUCCAGUCCUACCCCUGGACUGCAUUACUGCCUUCAGAGGGCUGUGUUCCUUGCACACUGUCAUGACGUAGGUCAUUAGUCAAGUCACUGGAAUGGUACAGAGGUUUUUUGGUUUGGGGGCUUUUUUGCCUUCCUGGUAUAAAAUGAAAUUUUCAGUUCAUUUCUGAAAAAUAAAUUGGUCAAUAAA